AUGUCUAUUUGGUUCAUACGUUUUCUCAUAUUUAUCAUUGUUUGUUUAUCUAUUGCUCAUGCAUAUCCAUCAUCAAUGAACAAACAUAAAUGGUUACAAGGACACGUCGAGCAUCAACCUCAUGCUGCUUACGAAUUAUUACCGGAAAGUACAGAUUCUGAACUGAUUGAAAAUGAUGGUAUUCCACCAUGGUUAUAUCGUUCACGUAAAUUCUGUUGUGCACCACCAUUGUAA